AAAAAGAUAAAAAUACCGCAAAAUUCAGAUAGCGAUUUAAUUAAAGAAUUGUAUAAUAAGAAUGCCCAUCAUAUUAAAUGCAAAUAUAAAGAUAUGCGGGGUAGAAUAAAAAUGUCACAAAUUGAUAGCGAUUCAAUAGCAAAAACAGAGAAUGAGGAUACUUAUAAAGUUGAAUAUAAAGAUGAACAGAUUGAGAAGAGAAUGUCGAAAGAUGAAGAUAGCGAUUCAACAGAAAAAUCAGAAAAUGAAGAUGCUUAUGAAGUUAAAUACAGAAAUAAACAUGUUAGGAAGAAGAUAAGAAUACCGCAAAAUUCGGAUAGCGAUUCAAUGAAAGAAUUGGACAAUGAGAAUACCUAUCAAGUUAAAUGCAAAGAUACGCUGAGUAAGAUAAAAAUGUCACAAAAUGAUAGUGAUUCAAUAGAAAAAUCAGAGAAUGAAGAUACUUAUAAAGUUGAAUGUAGAGAUAAAAAUAUUAAGAAGAGAAUGUCGAAAGAUGAAGAUAGCGAUUCAACAGAAAAAUCAGAAAAUGAAGAUGCUUAUGAAGUUAAAUACAGAAAUAAACAUGUUAGGAAGAAGAUAAGAAUACCGCAAAAUUCGGAUAGCGAUUCAAUGAAAGAAUUGGACAAUGAGAAUACCUAUCAAGUUAAAUGCAAAGAUACGCUGAGUAAGAUAAAAAUGUCACAAAAUGAUAGUGAUUCAAUAGAAAAAUCAGAGAAUGAAGAUACUUAUAAAGUUGAAUGUAAAGAUAAAAAGAUUGAGAAGAGAAUGUCGAAAGAUGAAGAUAGCGAUUCAACAGAAAAAUCAGAAAAUGAAGAUGCUUAUGAAGUUAAAUAUAGAAAUAAACAUGUUAAAAAGAAGAUAAGAAUACCGCAAAAUUCGGAUAGCGAUUCAAUGAAAGAAUGGGAUAACGAGAAUACCCAUCAAGUUAAAUGCAAAGAUACGCUGAGUAAGAUAAAAAUGUCACAAAAUGAUAGUGAUUCAAUAGAAAGAUCAGAGAAUGAAGAUACUUAUAAAGUUGAAUGUAGAGUUAAAAAGAUUGAGAAGAGAAUGUCGCAAGAUGAAGAUAGCGAUUCAACAGAAAAAUCAGAAAAUGAAGAUACCUGUGAAGUUAAAAAUGAAAAUAAAGAUAUAUGUAAAGUAAUACUACAGGAUGACAAUAGUUCUUCAAUGGACAUUUUGGAGAAUGAAAAUGCUCAAAUUAAGUGGGAAGAUAAAGGUGUUAAAAAUAAGAGUGAAAAUGGGAUGAAGACGUCACAGGAAAAAAAUUGUGAUUCGAAGAAAUUUUGGGAGCCCAAAUACAUUCGUAAAGUAAAGAAUGAAUCUUCUGAUGAAGGUGUAGAAGAAGAAUAUUGCAGUGAAGCAACAUAUCUAGCGCGGCAAAUAGCAUCAACAGAGAAACUUGACCAAGCAGAAAUACAAAAAUUAUACAAUUUACGUGUGCAACUGAAACAUGCAGUACCACCACAGCAUAAAAUUGAAACACGCGCUGGAUCUCAUGCGCCACCACGAAGGGAAAUGGAAGAGUUUGAAAAAAUAACACCAAUCAGGAAAGGCGUAUAUUCUUUUGAAGAGGACAAACUUAUUGCUAGUAAUUGGAAAACAUUUUGUAAGAUACAUAACUGGGAUAUAAAAAAAGUUCAACCAUUUUUACAAUUAAGAAUUGGCAAUUCGACAUACAUGCGUAAUACUCUGGAAAGACGGAAAUUUGUACAAUUUUUAGCCAAUGGUUUACUAGACAGAACUUUAUAUAGUGUCUACCAUAGAUUUAAAAAUUUAUAUGGAAAUACUCUGCAACGAAGGUUUAAAACUACAGAAGAUGAAAUGAUAAUAAAUCAUUUAGAAAAUAAUCCAUCUCUUGAAGAAAAACGUAAAUAUGUUGACCUGGCCAAAGUUCUUCGGAGAACAAGACACUCCAUUUGGCGACGUUAUCGAAUAUUAAAAAAGAGAAAACGUAAAAAUGAAAAUAAUUGAUGU